CUUUGAUUGAUCUUGGAAACUUACGUUGUUUUAAUCAUGUCCUCCCAAGUGAAAGAUAUCAAUUAUCAAAUAGAUGCCUUCAUUGAGUAAGUUGGACACUUUUUAAGUUCUCUUGGUGAAUGACUCUUUUCUAACAAUUUUUUUGCAGAAAGCUAAAACGUCGUCAAAUUUCUGGUUCAUAUGUUGUCGCUUUGGAAACUUGUCAAUUGUUGAUGAGAGUCAUUUCUGCUGCUAGAUGGAAUAACCCAGAUCAUUUGAUUGAACAGAUACGGCAGUUGGGGAAGACAUUGAUCAAUGCUCAACCUAGGGAGUUUACGUGUGGUAAUGUUAUUAGAAGAAUUUUAGCCAUCAUUAGAGACGAAGUUGUUGAAUCUAAUAUUAAUGAAAGUAAUGCCCCAAUGAUCUCAUCAAUGUUUAGUUUACUAUCCACCAAUAUAGAGAAAAAAGAACCUGCACCACCUCCACCACAAACAAACCCAAGAAUACAUCAUAGUAAAAAUCAUGACCUAAGGUCAAUCAUCAUUCAAGGUAUUAGAGAUUUGAUUGAUGAAAUUUCAAAUAUAGAUGAAGGUAUCGAAGCAAUGUCUGUUGAUUUAAUUCAUGAUAAUGAAGUUUUAUUAACACCAACACCUGAUUCUAAAACAGUUUUGAAAUUUUUAUUAAAAGCUAGACAAAAGAGAAAAUUUACUGUUUUAGUUACUGAAUGUUUCCCAAAUAGAACUUCAAUUGCUCAUAGCUUUGCCAAAGAAUUAUCAGAUGCCAAAAUUGAAACAGUGGUGAUACCUGAUAGUCAUGUCUUUGCAGUGAUGUCAAGAGUUGGUAAAGUUAUUGUUGGUGCAAGAUCAGUUUUCGCAAAUGGUGGUACCGUUUCAAGUGCUGGUGUUGCAGCUGUUUGUGAAUGUGCUAAAGAACACAAGACACCAGUGUUUUCAGUUGCUGGUUUAUACAAAUUGAGUCCGACUUAUCCAUUUGAUGUUGAAAAUUUGAUUGAAGUUGGUAAUUCUGGUAAAGUUAUAAAUUUUUCAGAUAGUAAUUUGGUCCAACAUGCUGAUAUUACAAAUCCAUUAUUUGAUUAUAUUCCUCCAGAACAUAUUGACAUCUACAUCACUAAUAUGUAUGUAUUGAUACUUCUACGCAAGAUUUUGAGUCUUUUACUAACGUUUAUUGCAGUGGUGGUUAUGCCCCAAGUUUCAUAUAUCGUAUUGUCCUUGACAAUUACAAGAGUGAAGAUGUUGAUCUGGAUUAGUUCAAUAGACUUUUCUAAAUUCAAUGAAUCAUGUGCACUCAAAUCUGUAAGGAAACUUUCUCUUCUUGGUUCAAAUGAAUCAAAGAUACUAUUUUCUGCCCUGUGCCUCGCUCGGCCCAAUUUUUCCAUAGUUGGGUCUUGAGCUGGAUGCUCUUCUCAUUAAAAGUACAUUUCCUUCAUUGGUUUUGUGCUUGAGAUUAGUAAGGGGCUAGAUUGAAUUUCAGGAAUCUUCCAUUGAGUACGGUUGCACCAAGGUUUAAUAUACUCAUGGUGUAACUGUAAUUAUAAGACUUCACAUCUCUGUUUCUUGCUGUGUAAUCGUUCUCUGUUCCUUUAUUUGUAAUGAUAGUUAGAAUAGAAUAAACACGCCCAUCAAUAUACAAGCAGUUGUAGUACCAGAUCUAUUUGUAUACUGAGUCACGUGAAAAUCACAGUUUCGCGUAUACACCUACGCGUUUAAACGCCAAAAACAAAACUGAAGAAGUUAACGAAUCAAUCAAUCACUAUUAUUAAAGAACACUGUAAAAAUGAAACUCAAGAUCUAUAUGAGUGCUGUUGAUAGACUCAGGAGUAAGU